AUGGCCGCUUCGCGACCUCUUGUGAGCGUGUACGAUGAAAAGGGACAAUCAACACAAAAAUCAGUUGUUUUACCAGCUGUUUUUCGUGCACCUAUUCGUACUGACAUUGUCAACUUUGUUCAUGAUCAAAUGAGACGUAACAAACGACAAGCACAUGCUGUUAGCACAAAAGCUGGUGAACAAACAUCAGCAGAAUCGUGGGGCACUGGUCGUGCUGUUGCUCGUAUUCCACGUGUACGCGGUGGUGGUACACAUCGAUCAGGUCAAGGUGCUUUUGGCAACAUGUGUCGUGGUGGACGAAUGUACGCACCAUUGAAAGUUUGGCGUAAAUGGCAUAGAAAAAUUAACUUGAAACAACGACGAUAUGCACUUGUCAGUGCUCUUGCAGCAUCAGGUGUACCAUCGCUUGUUUUAGCUCGAGGUCAUAGUAUUGAAACAGUACCAGAAAUUCCAUUGGUUCUAUCGGAUAAAGUUCAAGAUAUUAAAAAAACUAAAGAAGCUGUUGCUGUUUUACGUAAAGUUGGUGCAUGGAAUGAUAUCCUCAAAGUUUACGCAUCAAAACAUACACGUGCCGGUGUUGGUAAAAUGCGUAAUCGACGCACAGUUAUGAAACGUGGUCCAGUUGUCAUCUACGAUAAGGACAAUGGCAUAAAGAAAGCUUUUCGCAAUAUUCCAGGUGUUUCAUUAUUGUCGGUUGAACGCUUAAAUUUACUUCGUUUGGCACCAGGUGGUCAUGUUGGUCGAUUUGUCAUCUGGACUGAAUCAGCCUUCAAAAAACUCGAUGCACUCUACGGUACAUGGAGUAAAAAAUCUCAAGAAAAGGUUGACUUCAAUCUUCCACAACCAAUCAUGACCAACAGUGAUUUGGGACGUUUACUCAAAGCUUUCGAAAUCCAAAGUGUCCUUCGUGCACCAAUUAAACGUCAAGCUCGUCGUAAAGUCAAGAAGAAUCCAUUGAAGAACAUUGGUUUAAUGUCUCGACUCAACCCAUAUGCUGCCGUACAAAAACGUCAAACACUCUUACGUCAACUCAAAGGACGACGUACUGGUACAACAGCCGAAUCUAAAGCUGCUGCUCGCAAAGAACGUACUCAUGCAUCAUUGAAAGCUAAACGCUUGUCAGGUGUCAAUAUGGUGAAAAAGAGCAAAACUCAAACGAGUGCAGGUUCAACUAAAACAACAACAGUAACUACAACAACUAAAACAAGUGUCGCAUCGAAGAAAUCCUAA